UUUUUUUUAAUGGGUUUUAUGAAUCCCUCAAUCCUUGCCAGAAACAGUGAAAACUCAUGAAGUUUAGGACUUUUGAGGUCACCCUUCUUCAAUCAAAGAGGACCGGACGGACCCAUCAUUUCCCCUUUUCUUUUUUAUUAAUUCUUUUUUCUUUACUUUCUCUCUUUCCCCCACACAAACACACACUGUUCAUGGAUCCCAAGGGCUCAAAGCAGCCACAGGAGUCACCACAACCACCACCAACAAACAACACCAUGGGAGAGAACAAGGCAUCAGAAGUGAAGGAUUUCCAGAUUGUGGUAUCAGAGAAAGAAGAGAACAAGAAACAGGUCUCACAGCAGUUAGCGCCAAAGAGAAGCUCCAACAAAGACAGACACACAAAGGUGGAAGGAAGAGGAAGAAGGAUAAGGAUGCCGGCCUUGUGUGCAGCAAGGAUCUUCCAGUUGACCAGAGAAUUAGGCCACAAAUCUGACGGCGAAACAAUCCAGUGGCUCCUCCAACAAGCCGAGCCUUCAAUAAUAGCCGCAACCGGCACCGGAACAAUCCCGGCUUCCGCUCUCGCUGCGGCAGGAAACACCAUCUCUUCGCAUCAGUCAGCAACGCAAUCUCUUUCCGCAGGUUUACACCAAAAGAUUGACGAAUUAGGAGGGUCCAGCAGUAGGACCAGUUGGGCAACAAUGGUUGGUGUUGGGAAUUUAGUUGGAAGACCCCAUCAUCAUCAUCAUCAAGUGGCCGCAGCCGCCACAGCAGGGUUAUGGCCCCACCAUCACGAGGGAUCAUCAAAUUACCUUCAAAAGAUUGGGUUCCCGGGGUUUGACUUUUCAGUUCCCUCUGGUGCUGCUGCCGCUGGUGGUGGCGGCAUGGGUCCGAUGAGCUUUACAUCAAUUUUGGGUGGUUCACAACAACAGAUGCCUGGUUUGGAGCUUGGUUUGUCGCAAGAUGGACAUAUUGGGGUCAUAAAUCCACAGGCCUUGACUCAGAUUUACCAGCAGAUGGGUCAGGCUAGGGUGCACCAGGACCAUCAAGAACACCAACACCACCACCACCACCACCAGCAGACUCCUUCUUCUAAGGAUGAUUCUCAAGGCUCUGGACAGUAGUUUUUCUUUUUCUUUCUUUAAUGGAUUUCGAUCAAAAGAGAGGCUGAGGUUUCUACUGUGCUUUUUUAUUGUAUAAAUUGGGAGACUCUGAGGAGAAAAAAAAAACAAAAAAAGAGAGAAUUGAAUAGGUGCUGGAUUUGGUGUUUUUACCCCAACCUUAUUUGUUCCUUCUCCAUAGUCACUCAGUCUCCAGAUACAGGUGGAAUUGCAUAGCCACAUAUAGCUUGGCUUCUUGGGUUCUGGCCUUUUAUGACUCUUGUUUAUUUCAGAGGUGUGUUGAUUAUUUUGUUCUUCUCUGUUAGGUCAGGAUUGGAGUGCUGAUUAGUUUGUUUUGUGAAAUUGAUGAUGGUAAUAUAGUUUCAUAAAUCUGA